CUUGAUGACCUGAUUUCAGGACGGGUUUAACCAGCACACGCUGAAGGAGCAGCAGCAAGGUGUGCCACUCUCACACAGCAGUCAUGAAUGAGUCCUUUGAGAAAGCCGUAGAGGAGGUGAAGAUACUGAAAGAGAGACCAGGCUACGGCGUGCUGGGGGAUAUUUACGGUUUAUAUAAACAAGCCACGGUCGGGGAUGUUAACAUAGAUCGUCCAGGGUUUUUCGACCUGGCAGGACGAGGAAAAUGGGAUGCAUGGCAACGGAGAAAAGGCCUGGGCAAAGACGAAGCGAUGGUGGCUUAUAUCAAAUUGGUGGAGGAGCUGAAGAUAAAAUAUGGGAUAUAGAGUCAGAGUCUCACGCCUUCUGUAUUAUUUCCAACAUCACAUUUCUCCUUUUGUUCAAUAGACAACACAUUGGACUCCAUUUAGAACAGAUUUGACCUGCUGCUGCACUCUUUGCUCUUUAAUUGCUGACAAAAUGUAAGACACUGUAGUGUGCUCAAAUGAAGCGAGGGUCAGCAGGUGAUAAGCUUCAUCAUCUUCUGACUCGUCUCAUGUGAGUGCUGUUCCUUUUAAGUGCAAACACAAUGUACAUUUUCCUAUAAAAAUGUAAAAUAAAAAAGCAUUGGCUUUGCAAGACUGGUAUCAAAAACAAAGACUUGUUCUUC